AUGUCUGAAGCACGAUCACCUCGUAUUGAAAGAUCUUCAACCACACAACCGCGACUUGUGCACUUCGUCGGAAGUGUCUCCCUCGCAACCAAUACCGACGUGUUCAAACGCCUAGCUACCAGUUUUCCAUCUCAGUUGCUUCGCAUUCCUGAUGGGGAGACAGGAGCUAGAGGCAACUUUGUCUAUUGGCAGAAAGACAGCUUCAAGCCAUUCUUAGUCAAGUUGUGGCCUAGCGGACCUCCAGAAGCGCCUCCAGAACCUUGGUCUUUUGAGCCUAUCAACACUCGAUACGAUGAGGUUGCCCUGGAAUCAUACAAGGAGUUAUGCCGUCUACGCGAGGAAGGCAUAAUUCGGAAAGGAGUCCGAUUUCAAGUCUGCCUUCCGACACCUGUCAAUAUUCUGACUUCCAUCAUCCUCCCGAAUUACCAGGUCGAGAUAGAGCCAGUCCUGGAAAAGGCAUUGAUGACUGCUGCAAGGCGGAUUCAGGACAACAUUCCAAAAGAAGAUCUUGCUAUUCAGUGGGAUAUGGCUAUGGAUAUCGGGCAAAUCGAAUUCUCCAAGUUCGAGUCCAGGCCAGACUGGAAAUCCCUAAAGCCUGACUUCAUUUCUGAUGCCUGGUUUUCACCGGUGAAAGAGGGCAUCACUGACCGUGCUGCUAGAGUUAUGAAGUCUAUUGAUCAUGAUGUGCCGAUGGGGGUUCAUCUAUGUUAUGGCGACUCUGGGCAUAAGCAUUUUAUUGAGCCAAAUGAUACUGCGCUUAUGGUUGAGCUGGUGAACAAGAUCUCGGCUGGUGUGGGAAGAGAUUUCGAUUGGGUACAUAUGCCUGUGCCCAAAGACAGGGUUGACGAUGCGUAUUUUGCUCCGUUGAAGGAUCUCAAGAUUGAAGUGGCGAAGAAAUUCGUGAAAGAUUUUGCAGUGGGAACUGAGUGUGGCAUGGGAAGGACAAAGCGUGAUGAGCUGGACAAUGUUUUGGAGGUCAUGGCUACAGUGACUACUCCAUAA